AUGGCGUCCCGAACUGUCUUGGUGCCGUCCGCCGUCCUGAUCCUCCGGCUCCUCGCCCUCGGCCUCCUCGCCGCCUCGCUCGCGCUCAUCGCCGCCGACAGGCUCAAUGUCGACAGCGACCCGCCGCAGAAGUACACCUUCAGGAACGUCUACGCCUACAGCAUCGCCAGGGGGAAGCGGUCCAUCGGCGGCACCGUGGCCGUGGCGCUGGUCCUCGUCCUCGCCGACGUGGUCUUCGCCCUGCUGCUCGCGACGGGGGCCGCGGCCGGGUUCGGCUUCACCUACGACGUGAAGCGCUACCUGGACGGGCUGUUCGACGACAUCAUCCGGACGCCGGAGGUCGACAAGCUGCACCGGGACAUGGACAGGUUGUUCGAGCUGGCCUACGCCUCCGCGGGGCUCAUGCUGGCCGCCGCCGCGUGCAUGGCGCUCGUCAUUAUGCUCUCCGUCUACUCGCUCGCCAAGUGA